CGUGGCGGCCUUUGGCGCGCGGCGGCGGCAGCGGCAGCGGCAGAGGCAGAGGCGGCGCUGAGGCCCAUCCGGAGCCGGAGCCCGAGCCCUCCUUGCUGGCGCCUGCCUGGGAUGUCGGGGCCCCUGCCGGGCUCCCUGGGGCCCGUGGCUCAGGGGCUGAAGGAGGCGCUGGUGGAGACCCUGAACGGCAUCCUCUGCCCGGUGCAAGGGGUGCGCGCCGCCGCCGAGGAGCAGGUCAAGGUCCUGGAAGUGACCGAGGAAUUUGGUGUUCACUUGGCAGAAUUGACUGUAGAUCCUGAAGGAGCAUUGGCAAUACGUCAGGUCACUACCAUCAUAUUGAGCCAGUUUCUGGAGAACUAUUCUCUCAAUUUUUCAAGGAAGUUUACACUUAUGACCAUGACAAAGAGGGCAAAAGCUGCCAUUAGGGAACUGCUUCCCAAUGGGUUGAGAGAAUCAAUUAGCAAAGUGCGUUCAAGUGUUGCCUAUGCAGUAUCAGCGAUAGCUCAUUGGGACUGGCCUGAAGCUUGGCCUGAGCUUUUCAACCUGUUGAUGGAAAUGCUGGUUAGUGGGGAUCUGAAUGCAGUACAUGGAGCUAUGAGAGUGCUUACAGAGUUUACGCGGGAAGUGACUGACACACAAAUGCCCCUUGUUGCUCCAGUUAUUCUACCUGAGAUGUACAAGAUAUUUACAAUGGCAGAGGUGUAUGGUAUACGUACAAGGUCACGUGCUGUAGAAAUUUUCACCACUUGUGCCCAUAUGAUAUGCAACAUGGAGGAGUUGGAAAAGGGGGCAGCCAAAAUUCUGAUUUUCCCUGUGGUGCAGCAAUUCACUGAAGCCUUUGUUCAGGCCCUGCAAAUGCCUGAUGGCCCUACAUCAGAUAGUGGACUUAAAAUGGAGGUUUUAAAGGCGGUAACAGCCUUAGUGAAGAACUAUCCAAGGCACAUGAUUUCUUCCAUGCAACAGAUCCUUCCUAUUGUUUGGAAUACACUUACAGAAAGCGCAGCCUUCUAUGUAAGAACAGAAGUAAAUUACACAGAAGAAGUAGAGGACCCAGUGGAUUCUGAUGGUGAGGUUUUGGGGUUUGAAAACCUAGUGUUCAGCAUAUUUGAGUUUGUUCAUGCUCUGUUGGAAAACCACAAGUUUAAAAGUACAGUGAAGAAAGCUUUGCCAGAGCUAAUAUAUUACAUCAUUCUCUAUAUGCAGAUCACAGAAGAGCAGAUAAAAGUCUGGACUGCAAAUCCACAGCAAUUUGUUGAAGAUGAAGAUGAUGAUACUUUUUCCUACACAGUUAGAAUUGCUGCUCAGGACUUACUUCUGGCUGUGGCAGCUGAUUUUCAAAAUGAGAGUGCAACAGCUUUGGCUGCAGCAGCUACAAGACACUUGCAGGAAGCUGAACAAGCUAAAAACAGUGGUGCUGAACAUUGGUGGAAAAUACAUGAAGCUUGCAUGCUGGCUUUAGGUUCAGUCAAAUCUCUUAUCACAGACAGUGUGAAGAAUGGCAGGAUACAUUUUGACAUGCAUGGAUUUCUAACAAAUGUUGUUCUUGCAGACCUCAACCUGUCAGUGUCUCCUUUUCUGCUUGGCCGUGCUCUUUGGGCUGCCAGUCGCUUCACAGUUGCAAUGUCCCCAGAGCUCAUCCAACAGUUCUUACAAGCUACAGUCAGUGGUCUUCAUGAAACGCAACCACCUUCUGUCCGAAUUUCUGCAGUAAGGGCUAUUUGGGGUUAUUGUGAUCAACUGAAAAUCUCUGAAAGCACCCAUGUCUUACAGCCUUUCCUUCCCAGUAUCCUUGAUGGACUGAUCCAUUUAGCUGCUCAGUUUAGUUCAGAGGUCCUUAAUCUUGUGAUGGAAACACUUUGUAUCGUCUGCACAGUCGACCCAGCCUUUACAGCAAGUGUAGAGAACAAGAUUUGUCCCUUCACAAUUGCAAUUUUUCUCAAAUAUAGUAAUGAUCCUGUUGUUGCCUCUCUUGCCCAAGAUAUCUUUAAGGAACUAGCACAAAUAGAAGCUUGCCAAGAUGCUAUGCAAAUGAGAUUGAUCCCAACUCUUGUCAGUAUUAUGCAGGCUCCUGCUGAUAAAAUUCCAGCAGGACUUUGUGCAACAUCAAUAGACAUUUUAACAACAGUUGUGAGAAAUACUAAACUUCCCCUUUCAGAACUCUUAAUAUGUCAGGCUUUUCCAGCUGUGGCGCAGUGUAGCCUGCAUACAGAUGACCACGCUACCAUGCAGAAUGGUGGCGAGUGUCUACGUGCAUACAUCUCGGUAGCUCUGGAGCAAAUUGCGCAGUGGCAUGAUGAGCAAGGCCACAAUGGACUGUGGUAUGUGAUGCAGGUGGUGAGCCAGCUUCUAGAUCCACGCACCUCAGAGUUUACAGCUGCCUUUGUAGGCAGAUUAGUUUCCACAUUGAUUUCCAAAGCAGGAAGUGAAUUAGGAGAGAAUUUAGACCAGAUUCUAAGAGCAAUUCUUAGUAAAAUGCAACAAGCGGAAACACUUACUGUAAUGCAGUCUUUGAUCAUGGUAUUUGCUCACCUGGUUCAUUCUCAGCUGGAACCACUACUAGAAUUUCUUUGCAGCCUGCCUGGACCAACAGGCAAGCCUGCUUUGGAGUUUGUAAUGUCAGAGUGGAUGAGUCGACAACACUUGUUUUAUGGACAAUAUGAAGGCAAGGUCAGCUCUGUCGCCCUGUGUAAACUCCUCCAGUAUGGUAUCAAUUCAGAUGACAAGCGUCUUCAGGAUAUAAGAGUAAAAGGGGAAGAAAUAUUUAAUAUGGAAGAAGGCAUACGCACACGAUCAAAAGCAGCUAAAAAUCCUGAACGUUGGACAAACAUUCCUUUGUUAGUUAAAAUCUUAAAGCUAAUAAUAAAUGAACUUUCUAAUGCAAUAGAAGCAAAUGCUUCUCGACAAACGACUGGAGAAUGGAAUCAAGAGGAAUCUAAUGAUAUGUGGGAAGAUCAAGAAGAUGAGGAAGAUGAGGAAGAUGAAGGGUUAACAGGACAGCUAUUGUCAGAUAUUCUUGCCACAAACAAGUAUGAUGAAGAUUAUUAUGAAGAUGAUGAAGAAGAUGAUCCUGAUGCACUGAAAGAUCCUCUUUAUCAAAUAGACCUACAGGCUUAUCUUACAGACUUCUUAUGUCAGUUUGCACAGCAGCCUUGCUAUGCAAUGUUCUCAGACCAUCUCAAUGAAAAUGAAAGAAGGGUUCUUCAAACCAUUGGCAUAUAAAUAUGCCUAUAAAUUGGCAUAUAAACCUUUGCGAUCAUAUCUGGACAUUAUUUUUUUUGUUUAUUUCAUGUUUUUUGACUUAAACAUGAAACACUUUCCAUUAUUCAUCAGAUACUACAAAUGUAAUUAUCUUAAUUUUGAAGUACUGUUCCUUAUGAUGUAGAAUUAAGAGAACAACAAAGAGAUGUGCAUAGAGUUUUGCAUAUUGGAUUCGCACAAUGGGAACACUAUUCAGAUCAGCUUUCCAGAAGAUGUUUAAAACAAUGUGUGCUACAGCCUCCUUUUUUCCUCCACUGAAAGGACACUUCACUGACCUUUAACAGCACAGCAUAUGGAAUGAGGAAUUUAUGGUUGUUUACUUGGAUGUGUAUAUAAAUUGGGAAUUUUACCCACUUCGCACUUAACAUUACACAGGGUAAAUUAUCUUGGUCUUACAUGAUACCCUUUUAAAACAGAAACUUGAAAGAAACUAAAUCUGCUUACAGUACUAGAGUUUGGAUUAAAACUCCCAUAAAUAAAGUCAAACUAAACCUCUAUUUGUAGAUGGAGAUGAAUGGUUUUCACCUAAGCUCUGUCAUCUACACAAUCCUUCACUAAAGUUAUUAUUCACCCAUGCCAAGAGACUUGCUACGUAAAACAGCCUCAGUUCCUGUGGUUACUGAUAACUGGUUUUGCAACUAAACUUUUUUAUAUGAAAUUCUGAUUGUAUUUAAUUUGUCAAUUUAGUUCAUGAAUACAGUUCAGAUACUUUUUGCUUCCUAGACAGACAAGAAUUAUAUGAACAGCUAAAUCGAAUGCACAAAUCAGUAUCUGUAUUUUAUAGGGCAGUCAAAUGAAACAUUUAUUGGCUGACCUGCAAGUAAGUACAAUGAUGCAUUUCACAACACCUCUUUGCCUUUUUAUCCCUGCUUGGGAAAACUAAUAAAACUAUUCAAACAUACACUGGUAUCUUUCUUUCUAAAAGGCUCAGAGAAGACAAUUAUAUUUUUGGGGAAUCCAAAGGUUCUUUUAACACUGGGAGACUCUAACAGUCACAGUCUCGAUUGGAAGGAAUUUCUAGUUUGUUUUUUGGGUUUGGAUGAUUACUUCUCUUCCUUGCAUAAGCACUCAGCUUGCCUGAGUGCUUCGGGUUGCUGAAGAUGCAAAAGAAAACAUUUUAAAACUGAAGUUACAUUUAGAUAUAGUGUAUGUUAUUGCAAAUGAUUGGUGUACGGUAUGCCCAUCCUUCAUGAAAUAAUGGAAAUAUUUCCAUUCUUUAUCUUCAGAGGGAAGUAAAAAUUAUACAUACUUUGUGUCAUACAUCUAAACAUCAUAUAGAUGUCUUACAAAAUCAGAUCUGCAAAAUUUAAAGCCUUAUAAUUCACCCAAUGUAAACAUCCAACAGAGAAAUUUCACACAUGUGGCAGCUGAAGGUAGGCUGGAUUAGAUGCUAUAUCAUGCAGUGGAGUGGCAGCUUCUAAAAGAGAGAGUAAUAGAGGAACAUUAAAAUGUGUUUGUUUUUUACAAAAACUAAAGUAACUGCAUGUUGUGUUGGAGGACAAACUUGCAGAGGAAACUAUUUCUCUCUCCCCUCCCCCAUUCAGCUGGAAAUGAGACAUGCUUGGGCCAUAUAUUUUCAGUCUCUUUGUGUUAUAUGCAGAGUGCAUUGCUCUGCUGCAGUUCCAUUAUUUUGCAUAUUUGCAAAUUAGGCCCAUGCUUGAGUUGAAACAUGAGGAAUUAAUAUUCCAGGAUGUUUAAGUGUAGACAUUGCCUCUCAGAUUACACAAAUUUGUUUGCUUUAGCCAGUAUUAUUGGCGCUUUGUUCUCUCUUUGUUGCUGAAUUAGGGAAUUCCAUGAAUUCCUUACUCAAGUUAUUUUGAACUCUAUCCAAAUACAAGUCAGCAGCAUUUAUUAUUUUCUGUGUGGUAAACCUAUUUCCCUACCACUAGGAUCAUACAAUAGUCAUUUUAAGGCACAACAUAAUCAACUAAAUGCUUGUUGCUUGAAAACUUUUUGAGUAACUUAGGUUCCCCUCAAAGUGCCAUGAUUAUUCGUCUUGUAGAGGACUGCAAAAUAGUUACAUGUGUUCUUUUUUGCAUAUUCUUUCUUUGGACAAAAGAAAAAAAAUUAAGAAGACAGCACUGGACCAAAAUAGAUGCGACAUCCAUUCUAUUGCAUAAAACCCAAUGUAGUUUCUAGCAUUCCACAAUUUUAGUGAUCUUAUGAAACUAUAGAUUAGACAUAAAUGUUCUCAAGUUCAUUAUAUCCAACAUUUUCUUGUGAAGGUAGCUACCCUUUACAUGUCCCUGUAUAUAUAUUUUAUUAGAUAUACAUAAGAAUAUACUGAGAAAGGGUAGUCCUAUAAUACCUCUAACUACCUAGUUAAAUUUUGGGGAAGUAGGUCACAAGACUUGAAAAAGUUCAUAGUCCAUUUGGACCUUGGAAUAUUUUAUGGAAAUAAUGGCUUGCUUGAUAUGUUGACACCAAAUAUCUUGUUGAAAAGGACACUGAAUAGUUAUGACACAUUGCAACUUAUAUUUACAGCGCUUUAUAAAUAAAGGUUAAUAAUAAUAAUAAUAACAAUAAUAAUAAAGUAUGUUUUCAAAAUGUUGCCAAAAACAUUUGGGUGAAUUGUUAAAAUAGAUGCCUUAAUAGGGGUUUUUUGUGCUCUAAUUAAGUAAUUUGACAAAAACAAAGAGUGAAAACCACAGACUGAUACAACACAUUUUAAAGGUCAAGUACUAAACCUUUUCCAUUUAAAUAGCCCCCCCUUUCCUUCUUCCAUUCUUUAGAAUUUCUAAUGUGGUUAUUGUUUCUCAUUAAACAAUUGUAAGAACCAUAACUUAUCAUGUGUUUGAAAUGCAUAAGCUAAAGUGCACACUCAGGAGUUUAUAGCUCAGGAUGGCAUACUGAGAGUUUAAUUAGGGUAGUAGAAAUAACUAUUCCCUGUCCUGUUUUAUAAUUUAUUAAUAUGAGAAUAAACUUUGAAUACUGAAGAAAAGACAUAAGAUUACCUCACAUUUUUAUUACUACUUAAAUGCCUGAUAUUUGUACCCAUAUGCCAUACCUAGGGAAAAUGCAAGCAACUUUCAUUUUUUUAGUGGACUUAUCUUUCUAGGGAGUUGUCACAGCUUCAUAUUAAUGGAAAAGAGAUCAUUUAGAUCAAAUGCAAUUCUAGAAUCUGAUAGCUAUCUAUAAAUAUUGUUUGUCUCUUCUGUGUAUUUAAAACUUAAUAAACAUUGCAAGUUAA